GAGGCGGGGACUUGCGCGAUUCUGAGGCUGCCUCAUAGGGCCCGGCCGGCGCUGGAGCUGCGGGUUGAGGUUGUCACUGCCACCUCCGUCGGUGCUUACUUCGCUGCCAGCUGGUCGUCGCCAUGAACCCGGACCUGCGCAGGGAGCGGGAUUCCGCCAGCUUCAACCCGGAGCUGCUUACACAUAUCCUGGACGGCAGCCCCGAGAACACCCGGCGCCGCCGAGAGAUCGAGAACAUGAUCCUGAACGACCCAGACUUCCAGCAUGAGGACUUGAACUUCCUCACUCGCAGCCAGCGUUAUGAGGUGGCUGUCAGGAAAAGUGCCAUCAUGGUGAAGAAGAUGAGGGAGUUUGGCAUCGCAGACCCUGAUGAAAUUAUGUGGUUUAAAAAUUUUGUGCACCGAGGGCGGCCUGAGCCUCUGGAUCUUCACUUGGGCAUGUUCCUGCCCACCUUGCUUCACCAGGCAACUGCGGAGCAGCAGGAGCGCUUCUUCAUGCCCGCCUGGAACUUGGAGAUCAUUGGCACUUAUGCCCAGACAGAGAUGGGUCAUGGAACUCACCUUCGAGGCUUGGAAACCACAGCCACAUAUGACCCUGAAACCCAGGAGUUCAUUCUCAACAGUCCUACUGUGACCUCCAUUAAAUGGUGGCCUGGUGGACUUGGAAAGACUUCAAAUCAUGCAAUAGUUCUUGCCCAGCUCAUCACUAAGGGGAAAUGCUAUGGAUUACAUGCCUUUAUCGUACCUAUUCGUGAACUCGGGACCCAUAAGCCUUUGCCAGGAAUUACUGUUGGCGACAUCGGCCCCAAAUUUGGUUAUGAUGAGAUAGACAAUGGCUACCUCAAAAUGGACAACUAUCGUAUUCCUAGAGAAAACAUGCUGAUGAAGUAUGCCCAGGUGAAGCCUGAUGGCACGUACGUGAAACCACUGAGUAACAAGCUGACUUACGGGACCAUGGUGUUUGUCAGGUCCUUCCUUGUGGGAGAAGCUGCUCGGGCUCUGUCUAAGGCGUGCACCAUUGCCAUCCGAUACAGCGCUGUGAGGCACCAGUCUGAAAUCAAGCCAGGGAAUAAAGAAAUUGGCCAGCAGUAUAAACUCUUACUCCUGGCCACUGCCUAUGCCUUUAGUUUGUGGCGCAUACAUGAGAGACCUAUCCGGAUUAAUGAAGGCAUUGGUCAAGGGGACCUGAGUGAACUGCCUGAGCUUCAUGCCCUCACUGCUGGACUUAAGGCUUUCACCUCCUGGACUGCAAACACUGGCAUCGAAGCAUGUCGGAUGGCUUGUGGUGGGCAUGGCUAUUACUCAUUGCAGAGUCUUCCAAAUAUUUAUGUCAAUUUCACCCCAAGCUGUACCUUUGAGGAAAAGCUUCACUGUCAUGAUGCUCAGACGGCUAGGUUCCUGAUGAAAAGUUAUGACCAGGUUCACUCAGGAAAGCUGGUGUCUUCAGCAGAGUGUUCCUAUUUGAAUGACCUGCCCAGUCAGCGCAUCCAGCCACAGCAGGUAACAGUCUGGCCAACAUGCAUUGAAUAUCAAUGGCCCCGAAAGCCUAACAGAGCGUAUAAACUCCGUGCAGCCAGAUUAGUAGAAAUUGCUGCAAAAAACCUUCAAAAAGAAGUGAUUCACAGAAAAAGCAAGGAGGUAGCAUGGAACCUAACUUCUGUUGACCUUGUUCGAGCAAGUGAGGCACAUUGCCACUAUGUGGUAGUUAAGCUCUUUUCAGAAAAACUCCUCAAAAUUCAAGAUAAAGCCAUUGAAGCUGUCUUAAGGAAUUUAUGUCUGCUGUAUUCUCUGUAUGGAAUCAGUCAGAACGCAGGGGAUUUCCUUCAGGGGAACAUCAUGACAGAGUCUCAGAUUAUGCAAGUAAACCCGCGUAUAAAGGAGUUACUCACUCUUAUUCGCUCAGAUGCUGUUGCUUUGGUUGAUGCAUUUGAUUUUCAGGAUGUGACACUUGGCUCUGUGCUUGGCCGCUAUGAUGGAAAUGUGUAUGAAAACUUGUUUGAGUGGGCUAAGAACUCCCCACUAAACAAAACAGAGGUCCACGAAUCUUACAAGCACCUGAAAUCACUGCAGUCUAAGCUCUGAAGUGUCACAAGGACAAGUUUAAUCUGCUCCAGAAAGCACCUGUGUGCAACUCGAAUCUGUGUGGAAUCUUUUUUGAAUUCAAAUAGCUAUAGAGCAAAUGAUAAAUUGACCCCUUUUUAUAAAUGGAGGGAAAAAAAUGAACAGAUUUCAGAGAUUAAAUGAAAAAAAAAAGCAGAUGUUUUAAGUGCAAUUAACACUGAAAGAGACCUGUUAAACCAUUCAGAAAAAGCUUAAGAAAUGCAAUAUGACUUCCUUUUGUAAUGCUGCUGAUCCCAGUAGACUAUGACUUUUGAUAAUUAGCAGAAUUUAACUACUAAGUAGUUGAUUAUUUUCACAUUUUAAUUGCUAAUCACUGGCUAUAUAAGUGUUUUUAAGCAAAGGUAUUUUUGAAGUGGUGUAGAACCCUUCCAAGCUUUCCUGCUCGGUGUUCUACCAGACUUACCCUGGGACCUGGCUUAAAAGCAGGAUUGAAGAAAAGGGACUGGGGGAAGGAAACUAUUGGAAAACUUGAUGCAAAUGAGUUUCUGCUUGGCACAGUCUCUGCCUGCUUGCUCUCCUUUGCUAAUGGAUUGCGUUUAUCAAACUAUUCAUGCUAGCAUUUUUCCAACAAGAGAACUUAUUUCGCAAGGGCCUGCUGUAGGACCAUUGUCUCGUGUAAUUAGGAAUUUUCCAUUUGAAAGAUCGCUAAGUUGUCACAGUAGUAGGAACUGUAGGGAGAGCUCUCAGCUGUAACUUUGGUGACCAUAUUAACUGGAUUUUCUGGGACAAUCAGAUUUCAAAUAUUCUGUCAUCUUGGCAUAAGCCAUUAAAAGCUUGGAGGUUACCAUAUUUGGCAUUAAAAAAAUGUCGCUUAGGUCACCUCACUCCCAGAUGUAGCACAGAAAAACCCUUUGACACAAACCAUGUGUUCUGAUUUUUGGUUCAGAAAAUAUAAUCAUUGAAACGGUGAGGGGUUUUUUUUUUUUUUCUUUUUUUAACAACUGGGAGAAAACAAAAACAAAAAACUAUGGUUAGAAAAAUGGAAGUUCUGUAGGUUCUAUUUCUUACUAUAUGUAUGGCUUUGUUUUCAGUAUAUUUCUAGGAGCUUUAUCUGAAUUGCUAAUUGUCCUUUCAGCUGAAAUCUAAUUUACAUAAUCAUUCUAUAUUUAAAGAUUAAAUACAUCUCAAUUAAUUUUUUCUUAAAGUCAAUGUAAGUCACUUUGUUGUUUUUUUUGUUUUGUUUUUUUUUUUUUGCUUUUUAAAAUCUGCGCCGUAUGCCUCAUGAAACCAGCUGUUCUAGAAUCAGUCCUGAGAAUAUGGUUUAAUUCCAUGGAAACAUAAUUCCUGUCUUGGGACCUGACAUAAUAUCUAUCUAUCCUGGGGAACUGGUAAUAUGACACUUUUAGGUUACAGCAGAAAUGCUACAUAUUGACAAAAGUCUAAAUCUUUCCAUUGGGAGAACUAAUUGAUAAUUGUGUUAAGAUUGAAGAUUAACCCUGAGUUAAUCUCACUUGAGUCUAUCUUGACAGUAGUUCAGAUUCUGGAAAAUGAUAAACUGACCUGCUAGAUGUAGAAUUGUUUCAAAAUUAGUGUUGAAAUACCUUGUUCACAGAUGAUUAUCUGGGCAGGAUCUGAGGGUGUUUGGAAUGACAUCCCCCUAAUCCAUUUGCAUAGAUGGGAUGUCUUUGCAGGUUUGAGGAGAUCAUCGACCUGCAGGUCCCCCUUUGACCUAGUACCUCAAGUUUUAUUUAAAAUCUAAAUCUGGGGCCAGGUGCGGUGGCUCACACCUGUAAUCCAAGCACUUUGGGAGGCCGAGACUCGUGGAUCACCUGAGGUCAGGAGUUUGAGAUCAUCCUGGCCAACAUGGUGAAAUCCCAUCUCUACUAAAAAAAAAAAAUACAAAAAUUAGCUGGGCAUGGUGGUGGUGCGUGCCUGUAAUCCCAGCUACUCAGGAGGCUGAGGCAGGAGAAUCACUUGAACCGGGAGCGGGGUGGUGGAGGUUGCAGUAAGCCAAGAUGACGCCACUGCACUCCAGCCUGGGUGGCUGAGCGAGACUCCGUCUCAAAAAAUAAUGAAAUAAAAUCUAAAUCUGAUGUUUGAUGCUAUUUUUAUUAAUAUUGAAAUAUUCUGUCUUGAACUUUAUUCAAUAUAAUCAAGAGUAAAGAUACAGUAAACCUCGCUGAUUUGUACUAUUAAGAGAGAAAAAAUAUGCCACACAAACUUAGGUUUAAAUUAUGAAGAAAUUUAGAAUAUAGGUUUAUUAGAUUUAGGGAACACUAAGAAUAAAAAAGGAAGGAAUGAUACCUGCCUGAGUGGAUAACUAUAAAUCAGCUGUAAUUACUGCAGUUGCAGCAAUAGUUGUGAGUGGCUCCAGUCACCUUAGGAGUCCUUGGAAGUACUUGGUACACAUUUGUUGGCUGUACCUUAAAGGAAGUGGCAAGUCCAGUUUGUUCUCUCUACCACACUAGACUGCCACUGACAGGUUUGGGUCUGUUGGAUUCAAAAUUUUGUGAGCCAUUUUCACAAGUACAAAGAUACAUUUUAACCUUGUUUUCUCCAAAAUUACUGAGUAAGAAUUUUAUUUUUUAUUUUUAUGUUUUUGAGACAGGGUAUCACUCUGUCACCCAGUCUGGAGUACAAUGGUGGGAUGUUGGCUCACUGUGACCUCUGCCUCCCGGGUUCAAAUGGUCCUCCCUCCUCAGUCUCCUGAGUAGCUGGGACCACAGGCACGUGCCCCCAUGCCCGGCUAAUUUGUUCUACUUUUUUUGUAGAGACAAGGUUUUGCCAUGUUGCCCAGGCUGGUCUCAGAUUCCUGGGCUCAAGUUAUUAUCUUGCCUCAGCCUCCCAAAGUGUGAGAUUACAGGUGUGAGCCACAGCACCUGGCCCAGAGUGAGAAUUAAUGAGAUUUUUGUGUGUGUGUCAGAUAAUACUAAUUUAAGCCUUUCUUAAAAAAGUACUCUCAACCAAAUACAAAGUUGAAAAUGUGAGGUUUAAUAGAAAUGUGUUGGCUAUUUGUAAUGGAUUCUUCUUGCCCAAGUGUUUGGAGUUCUACUUUAUGCUCUGUAUUUAAAAAUUAGUGACCUCAAAGCAGAGUUGGUGACAUAGCCUUUCGGGCCCUCAUGUUCUUGUCUUUAGAACAUAUCACUACUAAGUAUCAGCUUAUCUUCAGAACAUUACAACAUUCACUAUGUUCAUCUGCUUUCUGAGAAGUCACCACUUGUAAUUUCAGAUCAUAUAUACCUCUGCAAUGGCGACUUCAUUUUAUAGUUCCUAAAGUUAGCAUGUUAGAUCUUUUUUUUCCACCCCACAAGGGUCUCACUCUCACCCAGGCUGGAAUGCAGUGGUGUGAUUGUAGCACACUUUGGCCACCAACUCUUGGACUCAAGUGAUCCUCCUGCCUUGGACUCUUCUGAGAAGCUGGGAUUACUGGUGUACACCACCACACCUGGCUAAUAUUUUUUUUUUUUUUUUUUUGGAGAUAGGAUAUGGCUAUGUUGCCUUGGGCCGGUCGUGAACUCGUAGCCUCAGGUGAUCUUCCCACCUCAGGCCUCCCAAAGGGUUGGGAUUACAGGAGUGAGCUGCUGUGCUGGGCCAAAGUGUUACUUUUUUUUUUUUUUUUUUUUUUUUUUGAGACGGAGUCUUGCUCUGUUGCCCAGGCAGGAAUGCAAUGGUGCAAUCUCGGCUUACUGCAAUCUUCACCUCCCGGGGUCAAGCGAUUCUCCCACCUCAGCCUCCUGAGUAGCUGGGAUUACAGGCACCUACCAUCACGCUUGGCUAAUUUUUGUAUUUUGAGCAGAGAUGGGGUUUCACUAUGUUGGCCAGGUGAUCUGCACACACCCCCCGCCACCUCCCAAAGUGCUGAGAUUACAGGCGUAAGCCACCACGCCACCUCGCCCAGCCAACAUGUUACAUCUUAAUUCUUGGAUUUUCUUCACUGCAGGGCUUUGGGUGGAGAAAUAAAACUCUUCAAAUGCAUAAUCUUGGAGAUCCUGUGAAUCAAUAAUUCUUUAGAAUUAUUAGCGGCUCAAAAUCCCUCCUCUAUUUUCCGAGUUACUCCAUCCAUCUUACUAGGAAGUGAAUUAGGUGUAGGUGGUCUGUAACACCCGCACAUCUUUGUAUACAUGUAGAGGGUAUGCCUGGGAUACACAGGUUGUCUUCAAGCAGUAGCUGCUACUACAGCUAGAGGAGGAGUGCCAGGAAAUUGAUGACCUGAGACCAAGAGUCUUGUUGAUGUUCUGACUUAGAUAAAGGUUUUGAUCAUUUUUCAUGAAACAAUGCAGGAAAGUCAUUUCUGCUGUUUAUUUACUACGUUAUUGGAGGAUUAGAACAAGUCACACUGUAAUGGACUAAAAUGACUUUUUAUUUUAAAAUACUGAUGGUGGUUUUUUUGGGUUUUUCUUGUUUUGUUUUUUUGUUUUUGAGACGCUGUCUUGCUCUUUCACCCAGGCCAGAGUGCAGUGGCGCAAUCUUGGCUCACUGCAACCUCCGCCUCCUGGGUUCAAGCAGUUCUCCGCCUCAGCCUUCUGAGUAGCUGUGAUUACAGGCGCCUGCUGCCAUGCCCGUCUAAUUUUUUUGUAUUUUUAGCAGAGACGGGGUUUCACCAAGUUGGCCAGGCUCGUCUUGAACUCCUGACCUCGUGAUCCACCCACCUCAGCCUCCCAAAGUGCUGGAAUUACAGGCGUGAGCCACUGCGCCCAGCCAGUGUUUUGCUUUUAACUGUGCACACUUACUAAAUUUUCCAGUACCUGAUUCCUGUGGUCCAUGAUAGUAAACACAGAAACAUAUAAGGAACAUUGUUAGAGUUACCAGAUGUUAGCUGUUGCAUAUGUGCACGUUCCUAGAUUCAAGGGUGUUUCUGCCUUAAGUUUAAGUGGGUCAUUGGUUGUCUUGGGAAGAUCAUGGAAAAUUGGGGAUUUUUUAGACCAAAAUAUGUUUUGAGUGUUUCUUAGAUUAGUAAAUGUGUGAUCUUCCACCUUCCACAUUCAGACUGCGGACUACACUUCAUAAAUGCCUUUUUAUUUCCAACUGUUAUGGAUUCAACUAAAUGACUGUAUGCCUUGGGAGCACAUAAUUACUUUGCUACCUUUUUCCGCCUUUGCUGUUGUGGCUUGAGUUUGGUUCAUACCUGAUAAGAUGUAUUUAGCAUAUGCUGUUACCCAGCCCUGGCUUGAUGGUGUCCUGUGGGGGCAGAGGUGGGAGGACGAGGGGCACAGGGCCAGAGCAUGUGAAUGAAUCAUGGUUGGACAGCUGUGACCUGCCAGCACUGCGGGUAAGCCAAACUACAAACCGUUCUUUCCUCUGUGAAAUUGAAUAAACCUUAAUAAAAUUCAUAAUUAGCACAUACUAGAAAAAA